CCCGUUUCUUUUUUUUUUUAUUUUUUUUACAGAAAGAAAAAAAAGCCUAUAAAUACUUUUGUCCAUUAAUCUUUCACUUUUCUUUACCGCGUCUUUUUACUGUAUUCUUUCUUUGUCUUCGCUACUACUACUCGCGUGUAAACAUGUCAUCCACUCAACAAGCCGCAGACCCUCCGGUCGAGACCUUCCAAGAAGAAGUGGAACCGGGAAGAGUAUUGACCAUGCCUGCUGACGGUACCGGGUUGACCGUACUCGAUCCCUGGUUAAAGCCAUUUAGCAAUGAAUUGCGUCAAAGAUAUGGAUUCUUUAAGGAAUGGAAAUCGAGAAUUGAGGAGUCAGCGGGUGGUUAUGAUACGUUUACAAAGGGAUACGAGUAUUUUGGAUUCAAUGUACUGCCCGAUGGGACCAUCACUUACCGAGAAUGGGCGCCCAACGCUGAAACGGCCAGUUUGGUGGGCGAUUUCAACAAUUGGGACGUAAACGCCAACCCCAUGAAAAAGAACACUUUUGGUGUGUUUGAAAUCGUCCUCAAGCCGCUUUCCGGCAACACCCCGAGAAUUCCACACAACUCCAAAGUCAAGAUCACCAUGACGCUUCCUGGCUCGGGAGAACGAAUCUAUCGCUUGCCAGCAUGGAUUCGACGGGUAACACAAGACUUGAGUGUGAGUCCGACCUACGAAGCUAUCUUUUGGAACCCAGAGAAAAAGUACAAGUUCGUUAAUCCUAAACCGAAACGUCCCGCCAGUCUUCGCGUCUAUGAAGCCCACGUCGGUAUCUCAUCGUCGGAGCCUCGCGUGGCCACUUACAAAGAAUUCACCAAGAACACCUUGCCUCGCAUUGCCUAUUUGGGUUACAACGCCAUCCAGCUUAUGGCUAUCAUGGAACAUGCGUAUUACGCUUCUUUCGGCUAUCAAGUGACUUCCUUUUUCGCGCCCUCAUCGCGUUAUGGUACCCCCGAAGAUUUGAUGGAACUUGUCGAUACCGCUCACAGUUACGGCAUUACCGUCUUGUUGGAUAUCGUCCAUUCUCACGCAUGCAAAAACGUGGACGACGGUUUGAACAUGUUUGACGGUAGCGAUCACUGUUAUUUCCAUGAAGGUGGUAAAGGACGUCAUGAACUUUGGGAUUCGCGCUUGUUCAACUAUGGCAACUAUGAAGUUUUGCGUUUCUUAAUGUCCAACUUGCGUUACUGGCUCGAUGUUUACGGCUUUGAUGGUUUCCGUUUCGAUGGCGUCACCAGCAUGCUUUACAAGCAUCACGGUAUUGGCUUUGGAUUCUCGGGUGAUUAUCAUGAAUACUUUGGUGAUUCCGUGGAUCCCGAAGCCGUCAUGUAUCUUCAACUUGUCAACGACUUUUUGCACUCUCGUUACGCCAACAUGAUCACCAUUGCAGAAGACGUUUCGGGUAUGCCCGGAUCUUGUCGACCCGUUCGUGAAGGUGGUGUCGGCUUUGAUUAUCGUUUGGCCAUGGCUAUUCCCGAUACUUGGAUCAAGAUGCUCAAAGAAGUAUCCGAUGAUGAUUGGAAAAUGGGUCAUCUCACUCACAUUCUCACCAACCGUCGAUAUUUGGAACCGACGAUUGCUUACUGUGAAUCGCACGAUCAAGCCUUAGUCGGCGAUAAGACAAUCGCGUUCUGGUUGAUGGAUAAGGAAAUGUACACAAACAUGAGUGACUUGACAGAGCUCACCCCUAUCAUUGAUCGUGGUAUGGCUUUGCAUAAAAUGAUCAGAUUGCUGACGCACGGUUUGGGCGGUGAAGGUUAUUUGAAUUUCGAAGGCAACGAAUUUGGUCACCCUGAAUGGCUGGAUUUCCCUCGCGAGGGCAAUAAUUCGAGCUUCCAUUACACUCGCCGACAGUGGAACGUGCUUGACGAUAAAUUGUUGCGAUACAAAUAUCUGAAUGAAUGGGACCGCGCCAUGCAACAAACCGAAGAAAAGUACGGUUGGUUACACGCUCCGCAAGCGUACGUCUCACGCAAACAUGAAGGAGAUAAGGUUAUCGUGUUUGAACGAGCGGGAGUCUUGUUCAUCUUCAACUUUCAUCCUACACAAUCGUUUACCGACUACCGUGUGGGAGUGAACGAACCCGGCAAAUACAAGAUCGUCCUUGAUUCGGAUGAUAAGAAAUAUCUCGGUCACGGAAGAGUCGACGACAACACCGAUUUCUUCACCACACCCGGCAACUGGGAUAAUCGUCAGAAUUGGUUGCAGGUGUACAUUCCCAACCGCACCGCCUUGGUUUUGGCAAAGGCAAACUAGCCCAGCCGUCAUCGAUAACCCUACUUUGCAUUAUGUGUUCUUAAAAAAAGGCACACACGAAAAAUAAAAAUAAAGCUCACUGUGUUCA